CGACUCUUUCCGUCCCCCUCGUCACCGGCCGUCCUCAUUUCGUUCACGCAACCUGCGUUGCUAUCUUGCCAUGAGCAGCCUGUCGUCGUUUUUCUCGUCAUUCCUGCCCGUGGAGGAGCAUAAGGAGGAGGUGACGCCUGACGAGCCGGAGAGUGCGGAAGAGGGGGGUGAGGCUGAGGCUGCGGAGGAAGAGGAAGAGGAGCCGGAGGACAUCCUGCCUGCGCUCCGCGAAGAGUGCGAGGAGUCGGCGAAGUGCAAGUCGGCGACGGAGCACUUCCGGCACUGCGAGGAGAGGGUCAGCUCCGGCAACGGCCACAAGCACGAGGACUGCAUUGAGGAAUUCAUGAUGCACUGCGUCGACGGCUGCGUCGCACCCAAGCUGUUCGCGAAGCUCAAGUAGAGGUUGCACCUCCACGUACCGACGUAAUCUUAGAGCUAGAUUAUGGCAUGCAGUGUAGUAGGACGAUACGUCUGGACGGACUGACGCGACUACGCCGCUCCGAAAAUUAUAAUUGGUCUUCAUCAACUC